AUGGAGUCCGACAUCGCAGAUGACCUCGACAAACUCAACAUUAGAGAUAUUCUAAACGCGGAUUCGCGACCGACAUUCAUCAUUGAUCUUGACCCCGACGAUGAAUCGCCAUUACCAGCAAACGUCAUCCAACCCGUGUUCUGUAACACUGCCUUGAGUACUCACGAACGACUUUUUGACUCUGUGCGCGGGGAAGGGACUGACGCCCAAACCGAAUCUGUUUCAUACCUCGAUUUCAAGACCUGGGUGACCAGUAUCACGACCCAAGAUGACAGUAAAGAUGUUUAUCCUCUAUUCUUUCUCUACAAAGACUUACUCUGGACCGGAUCAACGGUCACAAAAAGAUGGCGAUUGAUCAGUGGAAACCGACUAUGGCAACACACUGCUCCCCCAGAAACUUUGUCUUCUAGCGCACUCUCUCGGGCAAGCACGCCCGGCAUCACCGACCAGGCAAAACAGGCAGGUACUAGACCGGCAAAGCAAGACCGCGAGUCGGAGAUCAAAAGCAACAUUUUCCAAAGCCCAACCGAGAUGAUAGCUCCAGAUAUACCAUCUGUAGGGGGAUCAACGCUCGUCAUAUCAACACAGCGAAAAGAAUCCCUCAAAUCGUGGUGGCGAGCAGGGACGUCCAAGGGGAGCUCGGACCGCAUCACAGGCAGCUCAAGCAGCGGAUCGUUUGUUCUAGGAAAGCCCGAGAAAGCUGUCGCAGAUUGGACUGUCGCAAAGCCGAAAGGAAUCCUAACGCCGUAUAUGAAGCUUCUCAGAGAUAUUGACUGGUCUUCAACACCACUCGGACACAUGGAUACGUGGUCGCCAGAGCUUCGACAAGUGGCAAACCUCGUCAUAGCGAACCCUCACCCUGCAAGUCUGUUCUGGGGGAACGAUAUGACAAUGCUGUACAACGAGCAAUAUGCCAUCCAUUACGCCGGCAACAAGCAUCCAUCCAUGCUGGGCACAGGCGCAUCUGGUCCUUGGUCAGAAGCCUGGGAUGUCCUUGGAUCGGCUUUCGCUGAAGUGAUACGGACUGGCAACAGCCACCGUAGCGACAAUGAUGAAUUGGCUCUCUUUAGACGCGGGUUUCUCGAAGAAACCCAUAUCUGCUGGACUCUCACACCAUUGUAUGGUGGCACCAACCGUAUUGUCGGUUUUUAUAAUUCUCCAUUUGAGAUUAGCGAUCUCAUCUUGAGUCAGCGUCGAAUGGCUACCAUCAACAAAGUUGGAGAGUCUUUACGAAAGGCGACCUCCGUCAAGAGUUUCUGGAAGUUUGUACUUGAAGGACUGGAGCAUAACCACAAAGAUGUCCCCUUUGCCCUGGUUUACUCUGUAGGAGAUUCAGAGGAGGCAGAUCUCCAAUCGAGUUCUUCUGGCAGCACAAUCUCCAGCAAGUCAUGCUAUCUGGAGGGGACUAUUGGUAUACCUCGUGGUCAUGCCGCUGCACCGGAUCAAAUUGAUCUCAAGCGGAGUCAUCAGGGUUUUGUCCCUUCCUUCCGCGAAGCCAUGCGCACACGAGGCGAGCCCACGCUGGUUCGCAUCAGAGACGGUUCCCUGCCAGAAGAUAUCCUUCAAGGGAUCCAGUGGCGAGGAUUUGGCGAGACCGGUACAGAAGCAAUCAUUUUCCCCGUUCGACCAACGAAUGGUGAGAACGUCCUGGCCUUCCUGGUCCUUGGAGUAAACCCUCGUCGGCCUUAUGACGCGGGUUACAAGUCUUUCGCCUCGUUACUCAACAACCAAUUGGCGACAUCCUUGGCGUCUAUUAUCCUUUUCGAAGAGGAAACAAGACGUGGCCGAGAUGCUGUUGAGGCCGCAGCGUUGGAAAAGGAGGAACUAACACAGCAGAUUAACCUUCAAGCAAGCCGUCUCCGAAGAAUGACAGAAUUAUCACCCCUCGGUAUGUUCCUCGCCAGCCCCGAAGGAAUCUUGCGAGAAGCAAACGACAAGUUCUACGAAAUGACCGGCCAUACGCGAGACACCCACGGCGACAUGACAUGGGUUGAUCUGAUGGGUACCUCGGGCAGUAUAAUGGAAGAAGGAUGGCAUCGUCUAACCCGAGACAUGCUUCCUUGGUCUGGCGAAGUCAAGUUACGAAAGGGUGUCGAGGAUCCUGUUAGCAUCCAUGGCGAGCUGAUCGACUGCUGGGUCUUGAUUACGGCACACCCUGAGAUAUCAGCCGGCGGCACGUUACGUUCUAUCAUGGGUUCUAUCACCGAUAUUUCGCAUCUCAAGUGGGCCGAGGGGCUACAAAACCGACGACUUCAAGAAGCGGAGGAGACAAGACGACAACAAAACGAGUUUAUCGACAUUACGUCCCACGAGAUGAGGAACCCUCUGAGCGCGAUUCUUCAAUGUGCAGAUGAUAUCACUUCGGCUAUGGAGGCUGCGAGAUCAAGCGGUGUACCUGCCUCUCGUGAAACCCUAGAAUCAUGUCUUGACGCGUCACAAACCAUUGCCUUGUGCGUGCAGCAUCAGAAGUCAAUCGUCGACGAUAUCCUCACUGUUUCAAAACUCGAUUCGAAUCUUCUCCUCAUUACGCCUGUAGUAUGUCAGCCUCAGGCCAUUGUGGAGCGAGUGGUCAAGAUGUUUGAAUCGGAGAUGGUAGCAAAGGAUAUCAGGCUUGAGAUACAAGUCCAGGAGUUCCAUGAUCUCGCUGUUGACUGGGUUGCUAUGGAUCCAAGUCGCACUCUGCAGGUUCUGAUCAAUCUCAUGACGAAUGCCAUCAAGUUCACAGCCUCUUCUUCGACGCGUAAUAUCGCGGUUACUGUCGGCGUGUCCAAAACACCACCAGAAGGUGAUCACAUACCUGGCUUUAAAUUUGCGCCCACUCGUGGGGAGCUUGCCAAUGUUGUGUCUUCAGAUGAAUGGGGGAAUGGAGAGACUUUGUAUGUGCGCUACAGAGUCCAAGAUACGGGUUGCGGGUUGACGGAAAACGAGAGGCAGUUGCUUUUCCAACGAUUCAAACAAGCUUCUCCCAGAACACACGCCAAAUACGGCGGAAGCGGUCUAGGACUAUUCAUCUCAAAGCGACUCGCUGAGCUACACGGUGGACGAAUUGGUGUUGCUUCCACGGCUGGCCAGGGAAGUGACUUUGGCUUCUACGUUCAAGCACGAAGAUCGUCAGCUCCCAAUCAAAAAGACCCCAACCAACCUGUGCUGUCGCAAACACCGUCAAGCACAAACCCCGCCGUAGUAAUACCGACAAGGACACCAUCUGGAGAAGCCUAUAUCCUCAGCUCAAAGAAUAAUCGCCGGAGACACGGCUCGAACGAAACGUUUGACCCGCGCGACUUGACGGUUCAUAUCGUGGAAGACAACCUCAUCAACCAAAAGGUUCUCGUUAACCAACUCCGAAAGGCCGGCUGCACCGUCAGUGCGACGAACGAUGGUGUCGAAGCACUUGAGUUCCUCAGAAAGACACAUUUCUGCAAACAAGACGGUUCAGAGCUCUCCGUGGUCCUGAUGGAUCUCGAGAUGCCCAACAUGGAUGGUCUAACGUGUGUAUCCGAGAUCAGACGGAUGCAGAAGGAGGGAGAAAUCAUUGAGCAUGUGCCUGUGAUUGCAGUCACGGCGAAUGUCAGGGAUGAGCAGAUACGAGUCGCGUUAGAGAGUGGUAUGGAUGAUUUAGUGUCGAAGCCCUUUAGGAUACCAGAGGUCAUGAGCAAAAUAGAGAGGUUAUUAAGGAAGUACGAUAGGUACUAA